UCGCCCUCCUUCCUCAUGGCCUGAGAAUGGAACAAUUGAAAUUAUUGAUUUAAAGGCUCGUUACAAGGAAAAUCUUCCUAUGGUGCUUCAUGGGAUAACCUGCACGUUUCCUGGCAGAAAGAAGAUUGGAAUUGUUGGGCGUACUGGAAGUGGUAAAUCUACUUUGAUUCAGGCUUUGUUUCGACUAAUUGAACCAUCAGGUGGGAGAAUCCUUAUAGACAACAUUGAUAUUUCAACAAUUGGCCUUCAUGACCUUCGCAGCCGUCUGAGUAUCAUACCUCAGGAUCCUACCUUAUUUGAAGGGACCAUUAGGGAUAAUCUUGAUCCCCUUGAAGAGCAUUCAGAUCAUGAAAUUUGGGAGGCACUUGAUAAGUCUCAGCUUGGAGAGAUAAUUCGUGAUAAAGAGCAAAAGCUUGAUACACCUGUGCUUGAAAAUGGAGAUAAUUGGAGUGUGGGUCAGAGGCAACUUGUUUCCCUAGGUCGGGCUUUACUUAAGCAAGCAAGAAUACUGGUUCUUGAUGAAGCAACAGCAUCAGUUGAUACAGCCACUGAUAAUCUCAUCCAGAAGAUUAUUCGAACCGAGUUUAAGGAUUGUACUGUAUGCACAAUUGCACAUCGUAUUCCAACUGUUAUCGACAGCGAUCUAGUUCUGGUACUCAGUGAUGGUCGAGUUGCAGAGUUUGAUACUCCAGCGCGACUAUUGGAGGAGAAAUCAUCCAUGUUUCUAAAAUUGGUGACUGAGUAUUCAUCACGGUCAAGUGGCAUGCCAGAUUUUUGAAUUGGAUGCCAUGCCUGAGAACCCCACAAGUCAAGGGAGAUGAAGACUAGCCAAAACUGAACCGGCCGAGGCUGCUGCUCCACUUGUCCCCGCUGAAUCCGGAAAAUUGAUAGACAGUGGCAGCAACAAAGGUGGCACUGUCGUGUUAUUAAGCCAGAACCCCUCGGAGGAAAUCAGUUACUAGUUCAAAGUGACUAGGAGUUAAUUCAUCCCCUUGAACGGGGAAUUCUUGCACGGUUGUCAUAAUUUGUACUAGAAAAUAAGUCGGGUUAGUAGAGGUAAUAAUAAUCACACGAAAGAGAAAAUGUGCGGCUAAUUUGUGUUUAAGGUAGUCCUACAACAUUUAGUGUUUAGGCUGAGGCAGGUUAUUGGUUAGGGAAUUUGUAGAGCUGAACUAGUCAAUGUCUAUUCCACAAUUUCUAGUGCCAAAAAUGCAGUUUUAGACUCUGUAUUCAAUUUCAUGAAUGUAAUUAUUUGUCUUCUUCUCA